GUCAGAGAGGUGAGCCAAUCAACGUUCAGUGUGUCCUGAGCUCGAGAGAGAUGCAGGAGGGUCGGUAGCGUACGAAAACAAAAUAGUAAACAGAGAAUAAGGUGUGUGUGUGUUGGUGGAACUCUGAGAGUGUGUGCGCCCAGAGCGCGCCACCAUGCCUGUGACAUCACAGCUUUUCCGAGGCUUCCCUCGAGCGAGGCUCUGGGGUUCCUCCCUGUUCCCAUGCCAACGCCAGCCCCCCUGCUGCCCCUCCUCCCACCGCCCCCCCUCGUCGCAGCCUAACCCCACAUGGCCGUCAACCAUGCGUGGCUAUAGGAGGACCCCUGACCUCCACAGCUACAAUCUCACCCCCCCACAGGUCAACUCAAUCCUCAAGGCCAACGAGUACAGCUUCAAGGUUCCAGAGUUUGAUGGUAAGAACGUGUCGUCGGUAAUGGGGUUCGACAGUAACCAGCUGCCCGCCAACGCACCCAUCGAGGACCGGCGCAGCGCUGCCACCUGUCUGCAGACGCGGGGGAUGCUGCUGGGAGUGUUCGACGGCCAUGCAGGCUGCGCCUGUGCACAGGCGUUGAGUGAGAGGUUGUUCUACUACAUAGCCAUGUCGUUGAUGCCCCAUGAGACCCUGUGUGAGCUGGAGUCGGCAGUAGAGGCAGGCAGACCCCUGAGCCCCAUCCUGCAGUGGCACAAACAUCCCAACGACUACUUCACCAGGGAGGCACAGACUAUGUACUUCAACAGCCUCAGAACCUACUGGCAGGAACUCAUAGACCUCAGCAGUCCAGGGGAGAGCCUAGGGCCCAGAGAGGCAUUGCUGAGUGCCUUUAAGAGACUGGACAGUGACCUGUCUCUGGAGGCUCAGGUGGGAGACGCCAAUUCCUUCCUCCACUACUGGGUUCUGAGAGUGGCCUUCUCUGGAGCGACUGCCUGUGUAGCUCACAUUGAUGGAUCCGACCUGUAUGUAGCGAACACGGGCGACGGCCGGGCGGUGCUAGGGGUCCAGGAGAAGGAUGGCUCGUUCAGCGCUCACACGCUCUCCAACGACCACAACGCCCAGAAUGAGAAUGAGGUGGCCCGCAUCCAGGGGGAGCACCCCCCCGCUGAGAAGAAGACUGUCAUACGACAGGACCGGUUGUUAGGCCUGCUGAUGCCGUUCCGUGCGUUUGGAGAUGUGAAGUUCAAGUGGAGCAUUGACUUGCAGCGAGGUGUGUUGGAGUCAGGACCAGACCAGCUCCAUGACAAUGAACACACCAAGUUCAUCCCCCCCAACUACCACACCCCUCCCUACCUCACGGCCGAGCCUGAGAUCACACACCACCGCCUCCGACCUCAGGACCGCUUCCUGGUGCUGGGUACAGACGGGCUGUGGGAGACGCUCCACCGACAGGAGGUGGUCCGGAUCGUAGGGGAGUAUCUAACGGGGGUGCACCAGCGUCAGCCCCUCACCGUGGGCGGCUACCAUGUCACCCUGGGACAGAUGCAGGGGCUGCUGGCUGAGAGGAAGGCCCGCGCCUCCUUGGCAUUCCAGGACCAGAAUGCUGCCACCCACCUGAUUCGCCACGCGGUGGGCAACAAUGAGUUUGGAGCAGUGGACCAUGAGACGCUGUCCAAGAUGCUGUCUCUGCCUGAGGAACUGGCCCGCAUGUACCGCGACGACAUCACCAUCAUCAUCACACAGUUCAACCCCCACGUGGUUGGACACCAGCGCCAAGGGGGGGAGUCCUGAGCCAGCUCAGCCUAUCAGAAGGGAAUGCGGACAUGAACAGGAAGUUUACUUUUUAGGAGGAAAAACACUGAUGUGAGGACUGGGUCUUGCUACAGAUACACGGUUAAGACCUAAUCUUUAUUUUACCAAACGCACACAAAACAUACUGUUGAUGGACUAACCCUGCAGAGGGAGGACUGCCUACCUGUGGACUCCUUAUUUUAGGAUUGUUAUUGAAGAGGAAGUGUGUGUAUGUGCACAUGUGAGCACACAGUCCUGGUCAUGUGGAUUGUUGAAAUGCUUGCUGAAACUGAUCACAAGUUGGCUCUUUUCUGAGUUUUGUGGCCGUGUGUGUGUGUAUGAAGCCUUUAAAGGAUAUUUGAUCAACCUCUCUGCAGCAUUCUGCUUCUCUGCACUGAAAAUGUCACAGUCUCUGCCCAUAGGAAACUUUAAUUCGUGCCAAAAGAGUUUGCUGCGUUAUAACUAUGUUGUCUGAGCAUUGCGCUAAUGAUGCAGUGGCAGCCUUUGUUUGUUCAAUCUGGCCUGUCUACUCCUCUACAAACAUCCCUCCCUCUCCCAUAUCACAGAUUCUGUGCUGUGCAGUUGCAGCAUCUGUCCUGCUCUAGAGCUGCAACUGGCCUCCAUCCUGGCUCUACCACAUGGCUCUGCUGUUACAUAGUAGGGCUCUCUGUCUGUCUGUGUUCUGUCAUUGGAUGGAUCAGUGUCCUUUUAUACUUGUUACAGACGGACAGCCAAGAGCUCCCAGGCACACUUCUUGUUAUCUUAUAUUUUGAAUAAUGAUUUCAAACAUUGACUGUUUUGUCAACCUUCGAGAGGAAUAGCUGCCUGUGUCUAUAUAAAGCAGAUUUUAGCAGAUUUUAUUGCUCUGCUUUAUUGAGAAGGAGACAGACGGCGUCACUAAGAUAGGAACCAUUUUCCUAGAACAGUCACCAACCCAGGUCCUGGACAGCUAUGUAGUGUGCAGGCUUUAGUUCCAACACUAACACAUCUAUCACAACUACUCAUCCAAAGGAAUCAGGUGUGUUAUGCGCUGAGUGUGUCUGAGAGAUUCUACAGCAGACUGAGGGAGGGGUGGUAUUCUGUAGAGAGGAGAGAGGGGUGUGUGUUCAGAUGUUUAUUUUAGGGUUGCGAGGUAUACAUGUUUCAAAGGAAUAUAGUGGUUAAACCACUCUUUCUCGCUCUCUUUUGUGUUUUUUGACUGUUAUACGCUCAUACAGGGGAUAUGGUAUACUAAUGUGAUCAUGGUUUGGUGUAUACAUUUACAUUUUAGUAAUUUAGCAGACGCUCUUAUCCAGAGCGACUUACAGGAGCAAUUAGGGUUAAGUGC